GUGAACUCUCACCCCAGCUGCUUGGGAAAUGUCAUACAGCAGGCAGAGGCCCGUGCUGCAGUAGGGGGGCGUAAUAGGAGGAAAAAAUAACAACAUUUUUUUUUUUUUUUACUGCUCUCACUGCAUCUUUUAUCCGCGUCUCCGCUCGUGCAAGUGCCACAUCCCGCUACCAGCAGCAGCAGCCGCCGCCGAUAACCGACCUCCAGUCUCAAUGCUUGUUUCGCAUUAGAGCUAAUAUAAAAAAAUCCGUGCCAGACAUGGGGGAGAACAUGAUGCUUCUCUUGAAGAUGUCACUCCAACAAACUAAAUGGCUUGUGACGACGAUGCCCAGUCGAAGAUCCUGGGAUUGAGACGUGAAUCCCUUUACACUGAUGGCCUGGACUGAGUUUCAGCUGGCCUGCUGAAGCUAUGGGGAGCUGUUGGAGCUGUCUGUACAGAGACCCCAUCCGAGACAACCAUCUCACCAAAUUUAAGGUCACCAAUGUGGACGAUGAAGGCAACGAGCUGGGCUCUGGGAUCAUGGAGCUCACCCAGACCGAGCUCAUUCUUCACACACGUAAGAGAGACGCCAUCCGGUGGCCGUAUCUCUGCCUGCGCCGCUACGGCUACGACUCAAACCUGUUUUCUUUUGAGAGUGGUCGUCGCUGUCAGACUGGGCAGGGAAUCUUUGCAUUCAAGUGUUCCCGGGCAGAGGAGAUCUUCAAUCUGCUUCAGGAGCUGAUGCAAUGUAACAGCAUCAACGUGGUGGAGGAGUCGAUGAUGAUGAGUCGCAGUGGUCACACACCAGAGAUGGAAAUGUCUCGCACGCCACAGACUCCCAACACUCCAGCAUUUCCUGUCCAGGCUUUUCCCAACGGAUACCCCGGUUAUCCAAUCAGAGGCGACUCCUCCCAGCCCUCUCUCGGUGAUGAUCAUGGUCAUAGCCUCAUGGGUUUGGAAGACCAGACCCACACUUAUGUAAAUACUGUUAGUAUGGAGGGGGACCUCUCUAUGCGUCACUGUGUGCACUCCCUGCCUGAGGUGCGGCCCAGCUCUUUCCCUGAAACUACACGGGGAGCCAUGCCUGUUGGGGGCCAAGGAAAUCCGCAGUCCAACCUGCGGUGCUGUCCCCUGGAGGAGCAUAACGAUCCUCAGGUGUUCUUACAGCCGUCCUCGCAGGAGGUCAAAUUCAUGCUGGGCCCCACUCCGGCACAACGCCAUCUGCUGGAGCGAGAGCGUGAGAGAGAGCGGGAGAGGCACGGGCACAAUCCUCACAACCUUCAGCCAGUAGAGGGAGCAACAGGCUCAGAGACGGAGGGAGACGAGCCCUCCAUGCACCUCUGCAACUCUCACUCCUAUCACCAUUUCCAUCACCACGCGCACCGGCACCCGGGCCUGGAGCAUCCAGACAGCUGCCAGAGCGGCGAACUCACCUACGAGAACAUCAACGGGCUGAGGAGCGGCCGGAAGCAGCGGCUGAGUCCCAGCAGCGUGUCGCAAUCUGUGGGUUCAAGCAGCAGCAGCAGCACCGGGGACAGUCACACCCACUCCCUCCUGCACCCACACGCCCUUGGCCCGUCGCCCCUACCACCGCAGGGCUACGCCUGCGAGAGGGGCAUGGGUGGAGGUCAUCGUCGGACAGCUCUGCUUAACUACGAGAACCUGCCCUCUCUGCCACCGGUGUGGGAGUACAGCGCUCUGCAGAGGGAUGACGAGCAAGAAGAGGAAGACGAUGAGCAGGAUGAGGAGGAAUACGAGGAAGAGGAGGAAGACUUUGAUGAGUAUGAGUUCUCAGAAGGUCCUGGGACGCCCAACGGGUACCACCAGGAUGGUCGGGGCAUCCACAGAGACGCCCUGCAGAACUAUGUCAACACAGAGCAGGUCCAGCCGCCCCGGCUCCGACACGCCUGCCCCCCGCAUCCACGGCCGUGUCAGCCAGACAGAGGGGGGCGAAUAUUUAGCUUUGAUUUCCGCAGACGAUCGAGGUCAGGGGUCGGAGGCUGUGAGCACGGCCACAUGCCUCCGUCGCGGCAGCUGAACUACAUCCAGGUGGACCUAGAGGGAGAACCUCCCUGCCAAGCCCUCAGCGGCGGGGGUACCCAGUCCCAGCCACAGCACCAGCGCCUACCACCCAAAAAAUGUGGCCCGCAGGCACCCCGGCGCAGUGAAUGCUACGCAGUCAUUGACCUAAAGAAGACCGCUGCCAUGUCCAACCUGCAGAAAGCUCUUCCCAGGGAUGAUGGGACUUCCAGAAAGACUCGCCACAACAGCACAGACCUGCCUCUGUAAACGGUGUUCGAACUGAAGAGGAGCGAUGAAGACAGAUGAAGGCUUAUCCUCAUCUUAGCACACUGGACCCUUCACUGUCAUCCAUCCACCCAACUGUCGGGCUGACUAAUACAGUACAGGUAUCUAAUUAGAAACUUAUCUGUGCAUAUGACAGGAAAUGAGAAAUCUCCGAGGAGAAUUUGCCAUUUUAUUCUGUGUUAUUUAUUAGAUUUGUGGUGUGAAGCUCACUCGAGAAAUUGGCGGUUUGCUGGAUAUAUGGAUAUUUAUAUGGAAGCGUAAAAUCAUAUACAUAAAUAUAUGAUUUUAUGCUCAUGACUCAGAGCAGAGACCUCUGUUUUCAGUGGAAGCAGUCAUUACCAUACUGUAUUAGCAAUCUUUAAAUCAUAAACCCGUAUCCACUCACACAUAUUGUUCCUAUCAUUUAGUUAAUUUACAUCCAUGUGGUUUUUUACUUAAAUACUAAGAGAGGCGAAUAUGUGACCCUUGUUACAGUUAAAGAACGGUUAAUGGUUCCUCCGAGAUACUGGCCGGUAUUCAUACCUCAUCACAAGCAUCUAAGUCUAAUAUCGUGGCUAGUAGAAGAGACCAUUAUUUUGUUACUAUAUGCCUAUAGAGCAUUUUGCACACAAUCCUAUGGAAUUGUAUUUUAUCAUAUUUGAGGGAAUGGUUUCGUCCAGUCUAAGAAAAAAAAUUAAAAGAACAGAAGAGACGCAGAGUUAUACUAAACUGAAUGAUGGUAACAGUAGCACACAUGGAUGAAACGAGCUCCGGCUCCCUCCAAUCCACAUGCAGCAAAUGAAAAAGUAGCAUAUCAUCUUCGAUCACACCCUCCCGCACAUCAUCCCAGACCUGCGGGAGGUCCGCGCGGUUUACGCUUGUCACGUUGCACUUUUGGGCCACUGAAACGCUCUUUGUCUCUACUCCCACGCCGCAGCUUCGACCGCGUCCUUUUUACCAAAAGCAGGGGGCCAAAUAUUUCAUGCACAUUCUUUGUCAGCAUCGUAGAUUUAUUUCCAUGUUUUGAUGGAAACAUCAACAACCUCAAAUAGUGGCAUUAAGCUAUAACCUCACGUAAAAAGUGCUGAAUCUAUAAUUUGUCAGUUAUCAGGUGUGAAUGGUUUUAAAGGGUAUUGUCGCGAGGAGAUUUCUAUGAGGCUAUUUGUCAACUGUAGUCGGAUAUUUAUUUAUUUAUUUAUUUAUUCAUUCUUUUGUUUCUAAUUGUUAUAGUUUUUGUUUUCCAUGUGAUGACCAGCGUUUUGUAACCCAGUUGGUAAUAUGGAGACCAAAGUUUCACCUCAAAUUAUCACUGGACUCUGGUGUAUUACUGUUAAAACUGUGCUUAAUUAUAUUUUAAAAAGAAAAGAAAAAAGAGACUGUAUUUAUAUUUUAAGUGCCAAAACUUAUUUGCAAACUGUAUGAUGAAUUUCAAUCAAACGUGCCAUUAGGAUUUGUAGAAAACAAUAGGACAGAAAGGUGAAUACGUUCCAGAGACAAAAAAAAAAUCCAACUUUUUAAGGAUAAAUUAAAACAACUGCACAUUCCACCUUAUCCACAUCGACAGCCAUUAGAAAGCCAGAUAUAAGAAUGGUGAUGUUGAAGUCUGAUAAUCACAGCCAGGGUGGUUUAAUGCUGCUACAUGUACAUACUAACAGUAGCCCGUGUAAGCUACAGGUACCUGUCAAAAUGAAAACGUUACGUGUUGAACCUAUGCGAUGUCAGAUCUUUUACCAUGUUGUUAAUUGCUAAUAGAAGUAGCAUUGUUGUGUUCCUCUGAGAUCAUUUCUGAGCAGUAGAAAUAUAUAAUGUGCCAUUCCAGAGAAUGUUUCAUUUGGCCAAUAUUUCAUUUCAUUGUUUGUUUUCUUGACAAACUGGCUGUCUGGUAGGAGAGCUAACGGAGGCCCGCUGACGCUGUCAUCUUUUUGUUGAGCGCUCAUAUCAGGGUGAUAUUUUCAGCUGACGGAGAAGGAUUUACACACGUGUAGACCUUCAAAUGCAGAUGUGUUGCGGUGUUUAGCUGUAGUUAUUUAAACAGAAAGUACAAGAGAUCAAUAUGGUUUAGAAAUACAAGUUCUCAACUUCU